CCGCUCGCUGACCCACCGCCAUGACCGACUCGGCGGAGCCCACCCGCGUCGCGUCGAUGAGCGGAGACGAGAAGGCCGCCGCGCUGUGCGACGACGUCGCCGCGAGCGUCCAUCCCGAUACGGAAGCCGUGGCGCAACACUGCGGGCAGAUCGAGCGGUCCGCCGAGGACAUGCUCGCGAGGCUCGACGAGCUCGUCGCCGUGCUCAACAAGCUCCGCGAGGACUCGAAGGAGCAGCGGGAGGCGCUGACGCCGGCGCUCGAGGCCUGGGCGUCGGGCCUGGCGAGGGAUUUUGCCUACCUCGACAGCGCGGAGGACACCGUCGAGGCGGUGAAGGGCGCGGUAGCGAACGUGGAGCACCAGCUCGCGCAGCUGGAGUCCACCGAGUUCAGGCGCGCGAGACUGGCGGACAUCGAAAAGGCGAGGAAGGGGAUCGAGGGGCUCUUCCAGGGGUGGGGCGGCGGCCAGGGGUCCGUCGAGGGCGGAUACUGGACCUCGAUCGGGGGGGGCGGCGACGCGAAGGAUCCAAAGCGGUGACGUCCAUUGCACUUGUAACCUUGUACUCGCGCGCUCAAACAGGCUUC